UAUCUAAUAGAUAUAUAUAUUUUUUUAAAUAGAUUGAAAUUAUUCAAUUUAACAAUUCAAGAUAUAAUUUCACUGAUACUUGCGCCAUCUCUUAAAAAUGUAUGAUUAAAUGUGAACAAAAUUACUCAUAUUAAAAUUGGAAUAGAUUUUUUUUUAUUGUGAUUUAUCGAAAAGUGCUGUGAUUAAUUUUAUAAUCUUUUUAUAGAAAAAAAUUCGUUUAAAGAUGAUGCAAUUUAUGCUAUUAUUCAGCCGUCAAGGAAAAUUACGUUUACAAAAAUGGUAUGUGGCUCAUCCUGAUAAAUUAAAGAAAAAAAUUACACGAGAAUUAAUUACUACAAUAUUGGCACGAAAACCAAAAAUGUCAAGUUUUUUAGAAUGGAAAGAUGUUAAGGUUGUCUAUAAAAGAUAUGCUAGUUUAUAUUUCUGUUGUGCAAUAGAACAAAAUGAUAAUGAAUUAUUAACAUUAGAAAUUAUACAUCGUUAUGUUGAAUUAUUAGAUAAAUAUUUUGGAAGUGUUUGUGAAUUAGAUAUAAUUUUCAAUUUUGAGAAAGCAUACUUCAUCUUAGAUGAAUUAUUGGUUGGUGGUGAAAUUCAAGAAACUAGUAAAAAAAAUGUUCUAAAAGCCAUUGCAGCUCAGGAUUUACUACAGGAGGAGGAAACUCCACAAGGUUUUUUUGAGGAUCAUGGUCUAGGAUAAUACUUUCUAAACAAUGUAUCCAGUUUAAUGUAAGUGGUGUAUUCUUACAACACUGCUUCAACAUUCCAGAAUUCUAUUUACAAUAAGCUUUAUCAAUUAGAUUUAAAUGUAUGGUACUGCAAAGAUAAAUUUAAAUUAUGUUUUAAUUAAAAUCAUGUUUUUAUUAUAAAAUUUUAUUUAAAUGUAAUUACACAUAAAAAGUUAUAAUCACUGUUUGAAACAUCAUUGAAAUCUAAUUAUUCUAUACAUGUUAAAAAAUAAACAAAUUGUUUCUCUUUAUUAAAAUAUUAGCAGUACU